AUGUAUCGGUCCACUAAAGGUGCGUCGAAAGCUCGCAGGGACCAAAUCAAUGCAGAGAUAAGGAACCUGAAGGACUUGUUGCCCAUCUCCGAUGCGGACAAGGCUCGACUCUCCUAUCUGCACAUUAUGUCCCUCGCCUGCAUGUACACGAGAAAGUCCGUCUUCUUCUGUCAAGAAGCAACUACAACUGCCAAUGUCGAGGAAAGCGAGCAAUUUCUUUCAUACCACGAGCUGUCGGAGCUGGUUCAAUCGCUACCGGGUUUCCUGCUUCUACUGACCGGAGAGGGAAAGCUACUUUACUUAUCAGACAGUGUCUCCGAGCACCUCGGACACUCAAUGGUAGAUUUGGUCGCCCAAGGUGACAGCGUGUAUGAUAUAAUUGACCCCACUGAUCACUUCAUCAUGAGGAGUAACCUAGUGCCUCCAGCUUCACCCGAAACAGAUCGACUGUUCCGCUGUCGCUUCAACACCUCCAAGUCUGCUAGGAGACAGAGUGCUGGAAAUAAGCUGGUACUGAUUCGAGCUCACUGCCUGUCACCUCCCGCUGGUCCCUCCUCCCCCGGCUCUUACUGGACUUCCAAUCCUGUGUGGGUGUGUUUCUGUGCCCCUCUGGAACCGCACCCACCCCGCCCUGGGACCACCCCUGAAAGAGAGCAGCUUCCGUCACCGUCCACGGAGAGCAGCUUCCUCUUGGCUUGCUUCCGCUCCCAGCACAGCCGGGAUAUGAGACUGCAGGAGGCGCAGGACAGUGUGACCGCUUACCUGGGACGCGACGUGGAGGCUCUGCGCUCACGCUCCUGGUACAGCUUUCUACAUCCACAAGACCUUUCCCAUGCCUCUUCUCAACACUGCAGUUUGUUGAGAGAGGGAGGUGAGGGCAGAGCCGAGAUGGUGGUUCGAGUGGAAGCUGGGGAUCAGUCGUGGGUUUGGCUUUACAUGGUGCUUCAGCUUGAAGCUGGGGAUAACCCCAUCUGCAGCAACAACUACAUCAUCAGUGAAUCAGAAGCCUGGUCAGUGAGACAACAGUUGAGCUCAGAGCAGACGCAGCUAACCUUAGUGCUGAGCUCCAGCACCUCCCAGCAAGAGAGCCUCAGCCUACAGUCACCCGACACUCUCUCCAGCCCCGACCAGGUGUUCACACCAGGCAGCAGCGGGCUCUCGGGGCAGUCCUUCGACUUCAGCACGGCCGUGUGCAACGUCGGUUCUUCCGAAGAACAGGCUGGCAGCUCCUCCAUGGAGCCGGCGCAGCUGGAGAGCGGCCCGCGCUCCAGCCUCUCCUCUCUGGAGGAGGAGAGCUUCUUCCAGCGCCAACCCAGCGAGCCGGAGCCUAGUCCCUCCGCCGCGUCGUCCCCGACCCCGGUCACGGUGGCUACCGUGUCGGACCUAGACUUCCUCACCCAGAACAUUCUCCUGCCUCCGUCCUUCCAGCUCGACCCCCCCUUGCCAGCGCUGCCUCUCCCUUUGCCCCCUGUGCCCACUUCCCAGGCCCAACAGACAAAGGAGUUUGUGUGCACGCCACCGUACACACCCCAGCUGGGAGGAAGCAACUUCCCUUUCGGAGAGCCUCUCUUCAGCUUUGAUCCCACCGGCGCCACCACCCCUCCACCUCUCGCUACGACCGCAACAGUUACAACAACAGUGGCUCCCUCGCUCUCUCCAUCUGCCCCCACGAAUCCGACAGGCAGCCCUCCCCCCUCGACCACUCUGUCCACCCUUCCUCCUCUCACGCUUCCGGCUCUGUCCACAGACAUACUCUUCCCUGUGGAGCCCUGCAGCGGGACUCUCUACGAAAAGCUACCACCCACUCCCGACAGCCCGGGAGACGGGGACUGCACGGUCAUGACACUGCCCGAGGUCCGGGGUCCGCUGUACGUGGACGUGCCGCUGGGUCCCGUUCACUACCCGCCCGAGGGCCUGCUGACCCCCGAAGCUUCGCCGGGAAAACAGCCCUGUCUCUCUUUCUUCUCCUUGGAGAGGGAGAGACAGAAAGAGAGGACUGAGAUCUCCCUUUUGGCCCAGCACAUCAGCACGCUGGCCGAAGGGUUCUACUUGGACCCCCUGUUCCCUAAGCUUGCCCCUUCCUCUCUCUCUCCUUGUCCCCCCUCACCUUCUGCUUCUCCUUCUCUCGACACCGACGGCCUCGAGUCCGCCUCUCUGUUGGAUGAGUUUUACCCAGUCAAGUCCUGGAGGGGCCUGGAUCUGCCUCUCUUCCCCGACGAUGACUCUCUGUUUGAAGAGAGUGUCCUAGAGACCCUCCUCCACGAUCUCUCUUCUUGCUCAUCUCCCCUUUCCCCCACACCCUCUACUCCUUCUUCUCCCCCAACUCCCGUGUGCUGGCACCCCCCCCAGCACGUUGAUGGGGUCUCCGCCGUGAGUGCCAGCCACUUCUGUAGCGUCCAAUCGGCGCGCUGUAACCACACGGCCGGGUGUGGGGCUACGAUGUCGCCUGUCAGCCUUGGCGAUGUGGCAGACGGGAAGGUGGCGGGUGAAGUUGCCAUGGAGACAGAACCAGCAGCGUCAUCUCCUCUGUCUACCGGUAUCCCGGCAUCUCCGCCACUGCAGCUGACGGCGUCACCCGUGUCACCAGUCUCUGCACCUGCCUCCUCGCCCGUCAGCCCUGUUGCUCCCGGCCUGCCCUGCGCCCAGUCCCUCCUCGAGGAGCUGGCCGCCCUGGAACCCAUGUUUGGGGCAGGUGCCUCGAUCGCCCCCGACCUGGGGCAACAACCUGAGUUGUAUCAACUCCAAAGUCACCUGCCGCCACAGUGCUUCCACAAAGAUGGGAGUGAAAGUGAUCCUCCGUUCUAA